ACAAAAAUACACAAAUAACUAUGGAAAUUUUAAAGAGCAUAAAUAAUAAGGAAAUACUAAUGGAGGUUCUGCAUUUGUCGAUUGAAUUUUUAAUUGGCAAUAUUAACGACCAACAAACCCUUCGUUUAUCACACAAAUACGGAUUUCAAAAUCCUGACGACUUUCUCCUGGCAACGCGUACUAUAUCUAAAUACUAUAAGCACUGUUGCACAGAUAAUGAUGAAGCUGAGCUAUCGGAAAAAUUAUCUUACUUAAGCCCUGAGCUUAGGCCGUUGGUGCCACUGGUGUUGGCAGCCAGAUUGGAUGCUGUGGAGCAUGCUCUUGGAAAAUGUGAAUACUUCAAGAAGAAUGUAAAAUUAGUUGUCUCCUUCUCCUGGGACACCAGAUUAUUGUUGGGCGACAGCAGUUACCGUAGUAAUGUACGCCAAGUGGCUACAGUUAAUUUAAAUUGUCGUUCCAAUACACGCCAGGAUGUGCUCUAUUUCGAAAUGAGCUUGGAUAAGCUAUGCGAAUUUAUAGAAGUAUUAGAAAAAGUUUUUAAUGCAAACAAGUUAGCAAAUAAAUAAAUUUAUUAAGUCAAGUCAAGGACGUUUCCAAAAUGUAUUGUACUUUAAAGCUGUUAGGGAGUGUUCAGGUGGGUUGUGGACAGGAAUUGUAGACCUUUUAAUAAAUGGAUAUAUUAAUAUAUUUGACAAAUAAUGAAUAUUAGGUAUAGCUGUAGCAUUUAUUAUAAUUUUGCAUAACUUUAACUUAAUACGCCAAUGGGCAUAUUAUUAGAGGUUGAGCCAAUUUAUAUUACAUAUUGGACUUUACAUCUUAUAUAUUUUUGUCAAUUUA